AUGCAGACUAUCAAGUGUGUCGUCGUGGGUGAUGGUGCCGUCGGAAAGACGUGCCUUCUGAUCUCUUACACCACAAACAAAUUCCCGUCGGAGUAUGUCCCGACCGUGUUCGACAACUAUGCUGUGACGGUGAUGAUUGGGGAGGAUCCUUACACGCUGGGACUGUUCGACACCGCAGGGCAAGAGGACUACGAUCGUCUGCGACCGCUGUCGUACCCUCAAACAGACGUCUUCCUCGUGUGUUUCUCCGUGACCUCGCCAGCCUCGUUUGAGAACGUGCGGGAGAAGUGGUUCCCAGAGGUGCAUCACCACUGCCCCGGCGUACCCUGCCUCAUUGUAGGAACACAGGUGGAUCUCAGGGACGAUUCGGCCGUGGUCGAAAAGCUGUCCAGGCAAAAGCAGAGGCCGGUGUCUCAAGAAGCUGGAGAGCGUUUGGCAAGGGAGUUGGGAGCAGUCAAGUACGUGGAGUGCUCAGCUUUGACGCAGAAGGGCUUGAAGAACGUCUUUGAUGAGUCCAUCGUGGCAGCACUGGAACCGCCCAUCGUGAGGAAGAAGCCGAAGUGUGUCAUCCUCUAA